ACUUGUAUGAUUUGUGGAUUACAAUGAAUUUCUACUUUGAUGAACAAUAAAGAUUUUACUCCGAAUUAAUUGAAGAUCAAGCUUUUCUUGUAAAUGUAAGCAGUUUUAAGCGCAUUUACCAUAAUGACGCUCACAAAAAUGGAGGUGGACUCUGCCAAAGGCGAAGGCUUUCGUCCGUACUACAUCACCAAAAUCGAGGAAUUGCAAUUGAUCGUUGCCGAGAAGUCUCAAAAUCUUAGACGUCUUCAGGCUCAGCGAAAUGAACUCAACGCUAAAGUACGUAUGCUGCGUGAGGAGCUGCAGCUUCUACAGGAGCAGGGCUCAUACGUCGGCGAAGUCGUCAAGCCGAUGGACAAAAAAAAGGUACUCGUUAAAGUGCACCCUGAGGGCAAGUUCGUGGUCGACUUGGACAAGAAUGUGGACAUCAACGACGUCACCGCCAACUGUCGUGUAGCGCUGAGAAACGAGAGCUACACUUUACACAAGAUCUUACCUAACAAAGUGGAUCCUCUAGUUUCCCUUAUGAUGGUCGAGAAAGUCCCGGACUCCACUUACGAGAUGGUCGGCGGCUUGGACAAGCAGAUAAAGGAAAUCAAAGAGGUUAUUGAAUUACCUGUGAAGCAUCCUGAACUGUUCGACGCUCUCGGUAUCGCUCAGCCAAAAGGCGUCCUCCUGUAUGGACCGCCGGGAACUGGCAAGACGCUGCUGGCGCGCGCUGUAGCUCAUCACACUGAGUGUACAUUCAUUAGAGUAUCCGGGUCCGAGCUGGUGCAAAAGUUCAUCGGUGAGGGAAGUCGCAUGGUAAGAGAAUUGUUUGUAAUGGCACGUGAACACGCUCCAUCAAUCAUAUUCAUGGACGAAAUUGAUUCCAUUGGGUCAUCUAGAAUUGAAUCCGGCAGUGGUGGAGACUCUGAAGUACAAAGAACCAUGUUAGAACUUCUCAACCAGCUAGAUGGUUUUGAAGCGACCAAGAACAUCAAGGUUAUCAUGGCCACUAACCGGAUUGACAUCCUCGACCCAGCCCUACUGAGACCCGGUCGUAUUGACCGUAAGAUUGAGUUCCCCCCACCGAAUGAAGAGGCUCGUCUGGACAUUCUGAAAAUUCACUCCCGUAAGAUGAAUUUGACCCGUGGAAUAAACCUCCGCAAGAUUGCUGAAUUGAUGCCCGGAGCCUCGGGAGCUGAAGUUAAGGGUGUAUGUACCGAGGCAGGCAUGUAUGCUCUGAGAGAGCGUAGAGUGCAUGUUACACAAGAGGACUUUGAGAUGGCCGUAGCUAAAGUCAUGCAGAAAGAUUCUGAAAAGAAUAUGUCCAUUAAGAAGCUCUGGAAGUAACUUUCUAAUACUUUUUUUCUACUAUUAUUAAAAAUGCUGCAUCUAGUAAGUAAAUAAACAAUUUAAUUUUA